AAAGGAACGGGGGAGGAUCUAGUCUAGUCUAGUUAUAUAUGUUUCCUUCUCUAGUCUCUCAACUCUCCUAGUUCCUUUUUGCUCCAAUAAACAAUGAGUUCCUAGGUCUGAUCAAAAAAAACAAUGAGUUCCUAGACAACAAAACCAGGCUAGUUUUCCAUUUUCAGGUCACAAGUCAGUAAGUCACAAACCAUCCCCACUCUCUGAAAUGGUCCUCCCUCAAAUAACCUCAAAAACCAGUUUUUACAAUGACCAAAUCCUUCAGUUUCUCUGUCUGGUUGUUUUGUAAGUAAGGGUGCAUAUAUACAUGGAUCUUGGUACUGUGAGUUUGGAUAGUUGUGUAAGUAUUGCUUCUUCACUUGCUUCAGAUGGUGAGGCAAAUAGAAAGUGGUACGGAUCUGGGAUUCUUAAGCAAGAACGGUCUGAGCCUACUGCUGAAGACAACUUGAGGAGCAUUAAAGUGGCCAAAACUGAGCAGAUGCUCAGUUUCUCUUCACCCAAGUCAGAAACUGUGCCAAGGCCUAAUUACUCUCACCACUCUUCGAAUACUUACAGCAGAAAUACAGGCUAUGGAUUUGGAGGAUUGAAUGCUGAAAGCAUGCAGGGGGUGGUUUCAGGGUUGAGAAGCCCAUUCACUCCAUCACAAUGGAUGGAGUUAGAGCACCAAGCUUUGAUCUAUAAGUACAUAACUGCAAAUGUAUCUGUUCCUUCUAAUCUGCUUAUCCCCAUCAGAAGAGCCCUUGAAUCUGCUGGGGUCUAUGGUUUUUCAAGUGGAGCUCUCAGAUCCAGUACUUUGGGAUGGGGUACUUACCAUCUGGGAUACUCCAACAACAAUGAUCCUGAGCCUGGAAGAUGUCGUCGGACCGAUGGGAAGAAAUGGCGGUGCUCGAAAGAUGCUGUCCCCGAUGGGAAAUACUGUGAGCGGCAUGUCAACAGAGGCCGCCAUCGUUCAAGAAAGCCUGUGGAAGGCCAAAAUGGCCAUUCUGUCUCUGGACCCACCACCACCACCACGGCAAAGCUCAUGGCGACAUCAUCCCCUCCGUUUGGAUUGGUGGUGACCGGAGGCGGCACUAAAAACAGCCUUGGCCAAUCAGACCAUUCUCAAUCCAAGCAGUUACAGCCUGGUGCGCCUAAUCCUUGUGCAUCGUCACCCCAUUUGAACAGGAUAUUUCUCAACAAGGACAAUGUAGGAGAGAGGAAUCAAGACGCAACGAACCUCUCCAUGUCAUCUCAUGCAAUUGCACAAGAAGAGAACCAAUUUUCCAUUCCAAAACAGCCAAACUCUUACGACGAGUACUCUCGAGCUGAAUUUGGACUUGUCUACUCUGACUCUUUGCUUAACCCUCUCCACAAGAGCAAGUCGCAGAACUCAACUCAUCAGUUCAUGGAUGACAGGACCCAUCUCUCUAUUUCAAUCCCUGAAACCGCCUCGGACUUCAUGUCAUCCACUUCUUCCCCCACUAAUCAGAAACUUGCAGUGUCGCCACUGAGGCUAUCGCGAGAGGUUGAUUCGGAAAUGGGUUUCCGAGCGGCCAGUGGUAUAAACCAAUCGAACCAAAGGCAAGUAAACUGGAUUCCCAUCUCCUGGGAAAGUUCAGUGGGUGGACCUCUGGGGGAGGUACUGCAUAGCAGUAAUAGUAGCCCACGUCUAGCACCGUCGUCCCCAACUGGGGUUUUACAGAGGAUGAAUAACGGAUUUGGAUCGCUUUACAACAGCAGCGCAGGGAGUAGUCCCAGAGCAGAGAGCCACAGGAUCCAUGACGGCCUUGUUACCAUUAGAACUUAAUUAAGAAGAUGGCGCUAAGCGAUGGCGGAAGAGGCAGCGUGUGUUUUUUUAAUCUUCAGAUUUGGUGUUUGGAUUUGUUAAUUUCUUCAAUUUCCGCAGUUUCUUUGUUUAUCUAGCUUGACUGCUGAGUAAUGAGUAUGCAAAUGUUUCCCUUGUAUUUUA